AUGGAUUUGACGAGAUGCGACGACUUGUGGUUCGAAGACGGGAACGUCGUAUUGCAGGCAGAACAGAAACUGUUCAGAGUCUACCGUGGCCUCCUCGCGGACAGCUCAUCGACGUUCAGCGAGAUGUUUAAGCUUCCCCAGCCUGACUCUGCCGAACAAUACGAUGACUGUCCUCUGAUUACGAUGCCCGACUCUGCUGAGGAGUUGGAAUACUUGCUGAACGCAGUAUUCAAGCCAGGGUAUCUCGAGAGCAUGCUCUGCAAAAACACUGCCUUCCUCAUAGGCGCGCUACGUCUGAGCACGAAGUACAACAUCCAAUCCAUUCGUCGACGUAUCGUUGACGAGCUUGCCCUAAUCUACCCCCGUACUCUGCAGGGCUUCUACCACCGCGUCAGGCACCCAGUCCACGAACAAUUCAUCGGCAAAGCCUACAUCGCAGCUGAGCUCGCCCGCGUUGGAGAAGCCCCGAUCUUGCUGCCGGCAAUAUUGUACUGCUGCGCGACCUAUACCACCGAGACCAUACUUGACGACAACGGGCCGGUGGGGUUGAAUUGGAGCGAGAAGCGGGCCUGCAUAAUGGGACGAGAACGCAUAAUGGUGGCAUACCGCAAACUGGAGAAGCAGCUGAAACCGCAAGCUCUCCCGCCGACGGUGAAUUGUGAGUUGCCCGGCGGCCAGCGAUGUGAAAUUCAGCAGGGUGUCUGGGUCCCUCUGUUGCAGAAGAGGAGGAAGUUGACAGCGCACUGGUUCAUGCCCAUGCUCAGCCAUGGAAACGAUCUUUCCUGGGGCCCUGGAGUUUGCUUCUCAUGCUUCGACGCAAUGAAGACCCUGUAUCAUAACGAGCUAAACGCGAUCUGGGAGAAGCUUCCGGAAUACUUUGGAUUGCCGAGCUGGGAGGACCUGCGAGCCGCGUCGGAUCUAUGA